AGUCUCAACACACACACUCAUAUUCACUCAGUUGCUCUGAGACUCUGUGUCAUUCAUAUCUCUCUCCUUAAAACACACACACACGCUCGACUCUGAAGUCCUAGUGUGAGGAGGCUGGUGGUGCAGGAGGGAAGCAGGAGGAAAAAAGAGACAUAAGAAAACACUGGAAGUUUGGCUGUUUUUGAACUUUGAUCUUGGACGCGAGGACGUUUUCUUGUCAGCAGGUGGAUACAAACUUUCCCCUCAGACUUAAGCAGAAGGAAUUAGCGUGUCUUUCUUUUUCUUUUUUCUUUUUGAUUUGCUCCUGGACUUUUGGACUUGGCCUGGGUUAGAGCGCAGUGAGAGAAGGAGAUGGGGAGAUGGACGUUACAUCUCUCGGUGGGACUCGGGCUUCUGGCCGUCCUGUUGACAUCCUGUUACGCCGAAGAGAACUACUGCUUUGCUGCCAGGACUAAGACCUGCUCCGAGUGCCUGCAGGCUGGGGAGGGCUGUGCCUACUGUCCCGAUGAGACCUUUAAUGGUCCUCGCUGUGACCUGCGCGUCAAUAUACUCGCCCAUGGCUGCAUGGCUGGAUCUGUGAUCACCAUUCAAAGCAGUGUGAAGACCAUUAAGGCUCAAAUGAUCAACACAGCGCUUCAGCAGUCUCAGGUGUCACCACAGAUGAUGGCCAUGAGCUUCCUGCCAGGAGAGGAGAAGAUGGUGGACGUGGAAGUGUUUGCUCCAACCAAAGGUCCUCUGGAUCUCUAUAUUCUUAUGGACUUCUCCAACUCCAUGGCUGACGAUUUGGACAACUUGAAGAAGAUGGGCAACCAGCUUGCUUCGGUGGUGGGAACGCUGUCUGAUAACUUCACCAUCGGCUUUGGCAAGUUUGUGGACAAAGUGAUUGAGCCGCAGACGGACAUGAGACCCGCGAAACUCAAAACACCGUGGCCCAACAGCGAUCCUCCAUUCUCGUUCCAAAAUGUCAUCAAGCUGACAGGCAACGUGAAGGAGUUCACCAAUAAGCUGCAGAAGGAGAGAAUCUCUGGAAACCUGGAUGCUCCUGAAGGCGGGUUUGAUGCCAUAUUGCAGGCUGCGGUGUGUGGGGAGCAGAUCGGUUGGCGGAAGCACAGCACGCACCUCCUGGUUUUCUCCACUGAGUCAGCCUUCCACUACGAGGCUGACGGCGUCAACGUGCUGGCCGGCAUCCUCAAACGCAACGACAAGGCCUGCCAUCUGGACAAAGAAGGCAAAUACACAGAGGAUAAAAAUCAGGACUACCCUUCCAUACCCACACUGGUUGAUAUUCUGGGCAAACACAACAUCAUCCCCAUCUUUGCUGUCACCAACCACUCUUACACGUACUACCAGAAACUUAAAGAGUAUUUCCCCAUUGCUGAGGUCGGUCAGCUGCAAGAGGACUCAUCCAACAUCCUGCAGGUCAUGUCGAAAGCCUUCGAGAGUAUCCGUUCUAAGAUGAGCAUCCGUGCAGUGGACAGACCCAAGGCAUUUGAGGCUGAGUUCUUGUCCACCAGUGGAGUAGUUGCAGAGCAUAAUACUUUUGAUUUCAAGCCAGGAGCAAUAGGCAACUUCAGGAUGCGUCUCAAAGCCCAGAGGAUGAUCGACGGGACGCCCGUGUGUCAGACGGGUGUGGAUGAAAAACAAGGGAUGAUGAAAAUAAAGCCCACGACUUUUAGCACCGCCCUUAACGUGGACGCCUCGGUUUUGUGUCCAACCUGCGAAUGUGAGAAGUUUGCAUCUAUUAAAUCACCCAGAUGCCAUGGCAACGGAGACCUGGUUUGUGGGAAGUGUCGCUGUUAUGAUGGAUGGCUGAGUACAUUCUGUAACUGCUCUGCGGUCAGCUCGGCUCUGGACACCAGCCAAUGCCUAGGCCCGGACAUGAAGGAGCCCUGCUCAGGCCGCGGAGACUGCCUCGAGUGUGGGACGUGCAUGUGCUACAAACCGGAGCAGUUUGAAGGGCCCUACUGUCAGUACGACAAGACCAACUGUCAAAGAUUUGGAGGCUUCCUCUGCAACGAACGCGGCUCUUGCAUUAUGGGUCGCUGUGCGUGUAUAGAAGGCUGGGAGGGAAAAGCCUGCGAGUGUCCCAAGAGCAAUGAGACCUGCCUGGAUGACAAGGGGGGUAUCUGCAACGACCGAGGUCUGUGUGAAUGCGGCCGCUGCAAGUGUCAUAACCUUGACAUCGACAUGAGUGCAACUUGUGAGCCCAACUUUGAGGCCCAGCUAGGCACGUGCGAGGCUACGAGAGAAUGCGUGCAGUGUCGAGCCUGGAAGACAGGGAAGAAAACUGAGGAUGAGUGCGCUAAGUGCCCCUUCAAAAUUGUCAUGGUGGACAAACUCAAAGACCGGGAGUUGGUGCGUGACUCGUGCAGUUUCCGCGACGAGGACAACGACUGUACGUACUACUACACUGCUGAAAACCCCAAAGAUCCGAAGGAAGGAAUCUUGGAGCUUCAGGUGCUGGAAAAGAGAGAUUGUCCCCCUGCCAGCCUCCUGUGGUUGCUCCCUCUCCUCCUGUUCCUGUUGUUGCUGCUCGCACUUCUGCUGCUCUGCUGCUGGAAAUACUGUGCGUGCUGUAAAACCUGCUGUCAGAGCUGCCUUGCCCUGCUGCCCUGCUGUCGUAGAGGUCGCAUGGUCGGCUUCAAGGAGGAUGAGUAUUUGCUCCGUCAGUCUCUGCUCACCUCGGACCACCUGGACACACCCAUGGUGAGGACCGGCCCACCGAAAGGAACGGAUGUGGUUCGCUGGAAGAUCACAGAUAAUGUUCACCGAGGACCAAAUCACCCCCAGAAUCUGAUAAAGCCUAAUCCUAAAGAAAGCAUCCAGUACCCAGUCUCUCUGCGGCUGAACAGGUUGUUCUCUGAGAACUUGUCUCGCCCGGAAUCCAGAGACGCAGAGCAACUCCGCAAGGAAGUGGCUGAUAACCUCAAUGAGGUUUACAAACAGAUCCCCGGAGCGCAGAAAGUGCAAAAGACAGCUUUCAGAUUGCAGAGAAAUGCGGGAAAAAGGCAGGACUACACCAUCAUGGACACCGUCCUGUCUGCUCCUCGCAGCAGUUAUCCUGACAUUGUCAAACUCACAGAGAAAAACGUCCAGUCCGGACACUUCCAGGACCUCAGAGUGGUGCCUGGCUACUACACAGUGGCCACAGACAGAGAGGCCGCGGGAGCCGUUGAGUUCCAGGAAAAUGUAGAGUCCGUGGACGUUCACGUGCCGCUCUUCGUCAAAGACGAAGACGACGACAAGAAGCAGCUGCUGGUGGAGGCCGUGGACGUGCCGCUGGGCAUCGCCGAGAUCGGAAAACGCCUGGUCAACAUCACCAUCAUCAAAGAGCAUGCCACCAGUGUGUUCUCGUUCCUCCAGCCGGCGUACACGUACAGCCGCCAGGAUGGAGUGGCCAACAUUCCCAUCAGCAGAGAGAUCAUCGAGGACGGACGCACACAGGUCACGUACCGCUCACGCGACCUCACCGCCAAGGACAAAAAGGACUAUAUCACUGUGGAAGGAGACUUGACUUAUGGUCCUGGUGAGACCCAGAAGUUAGUUCCUGUUCGGCUGCUGGAGCUGAGUGAGAAAGAUGGCCUCCUGGAAGACAAACAGGUCAAGCAGUUCGUCAUGGACCUCAGUAAUCCACGACAGGGUGCCAAACUGGGACGCUAUCCCAGGACGACUGUCACUAUUGCAGACCAACCAGAUCCCAGUGUGCUGAUGUUCAAAAAGGCCACGCAGAACUUCAGCACCUCUGACCCAAACUACAUCAUCCCCGUGGUUCGUACUCGAAACCCAGACAGCCCUGCUACGGUGAAAUGGCGAACGAGGAAGGCGCAGCGCUUUGACAUCUCCGGCCCUCUGAAGUUCGGUCCUGGAGAAACGGAGAAGAACAUAGUGAUCGACCCCAAAGCCUAUCCAGGCCCGAUCCAUCCCGAGACCUUCCAAGUGGAGCUGUUUGAGCCCAGCGGCAACGCCUCUAUUGGAGAGAGGAAGACUACCAUCAUCAACGUCACAGACGGAGCUCCCAAAUCUCCUGAGAUUUCCCAGCUUCAGAACAAGGGCUUCGUCGUCCCGAAGACCAGCACACCUGGUGGUCUUCUGCUCGCUCCAGGGAACCCUAAAGCUAGAGCAACUGGACCCAGAAACAUCCGUCUCAACUGGGAGCCACCACCUGGUAACCCCUUGGGAUAUAAGGUUAAGUACUGGAUCUAUGGUGACCCAGAGAAAGACGCUACGGUCUUGGAUGUGAAGACGCCUCAAGCCGAGUUGACGGACCUGUAUCCGUACUGUGACUACGAGAUGCGAGUGUGCGCCUACAAUGCAAUGGGAGACGGUUACAACACUGACAUGAUCCCCUGUCAGACCCUGGAGGAUGCGCCUGGUGAACCUGGGCGUUUAGCCUUCAACGUCAUCAGUCCGACUGUCACUCAGGUCAGCUGGGCCGAGCCGGCCGAGACGAACGGCAACAUCACAGCCUACGAAGUCAUCUACACGCCCAUCAGUGACGAUAUGAAGCCAGUAGGCACCGCCAAGAAAGUAAAGAUCGACAACCCCAAGAAACGAAUGCUGUUGAUUGAGAACCUGCAGAACGGUCAGACCUACCAGUACAAGGUCCGUGCCAAGAACAACGUGGGCUGGGGCCCCUUCAAAGACGCCACCAUCAACCUGGCGUCGCAGCCUACCAGACCACUGUCCAUUCCCAUCAUUCCUGACAUCCCUAUAGUGGAUGCAGAGGCGGGAGAUGAGUACGACAGCUUCCUGAUGUACAGUAAUGAGGUGCUGAAAUCUCCCGGUGGCUCCAAGACACCCAGCGUCUCUGGUGAUGAUUUCAUGAUGAACGGGAAGUGGGAGCAGAACUUCCUUUUCCCUGGUGGAUCGGCGACGCGCAACCUGUCCGCGUCCUCCUCUCCCAUGUCCACCCUGAGCUCCAACUACAGAGGAGCCGGCGGCAGCUCCUUCACCACAGAAACGACCACCACCUACUUGCCCGGACCAGGCGGCACUCGCAUGAUUGGAGGUGGAGUACAAACAACGGACGUGAUCAUGAGAAAGCGCUCGGAGAACCGGGGUUACGCCGACGAAAACAUCCGCGACUCCAUCGUCAUGGGAGAUUUGCAGAGCAAGUUCCCAGAUCUGGGUGGGUUCGGCUACUCUGGGAUGCAGAGCAACUCUCAGAGCCAAUUCAGCUACAGCCUGUCUCAGGGUUCCAGGGCCAGGACCCCGUCUUCAGAUGUCCACGAAGCCUUAUAUAAUCUGGACAGGGUGCUUCAUGAUGCCCGACUCUCUCCCGGUGUCCCCGACACCCCCAGCAGACUGGUCUUCUCUGCUCUGGGUCCCACUGCACUCAAAGUCAGCUGGCAGGAGCCGCACUGUGAGAAAGACAUCCUUGGCUACUGUGUCCUCUAUCAGCUGCUCAACGGAGGUGACAUGAAGCGCAUCAAUAUAACCAACCCGGCGGAGAACUCUGUGAUCAUCCAGGACCUGCUGCCCAACCACUCCUAUCUAUUUAAGGUGAAGGCUCAGAGCCAGGAGGGCUGGGGUCCAGAGAGAGAGGGAGUCAUCACCAUUGAGUCUGCCGUCGACCCCAAGAGUCCCCUCAGUCCGAUGCCAGGUUCACCGUUUACUCUGAGCACACCCAGCGCUCCAGGCCCCCUGGUCUUCACCGCUUUAAGCCCCGACUCGCUGCAGCUCAGCUGGGAGAAGCCGCGCAAACCCAACGGAGACAUCCUAGGCUAUGUGGUCACCUGCGAGCAGCUGCACGGUGGAGGCGACGUGCGUUCCUUCCAGGUGAGCGGCAACAGCGCCGAGACCAGCCUCACCGUCCCCAACCUGACGGAGAACGUGCCCUACAAGUUCAAAGUUCAGGCUCGCACCACGCAGGGCUUCGGCCCAGAGAGGGAGGGCAUCAUCACCAUCGAGUCUCAGGAUGGAGGUGCCUUGUCUCAGUACAACAACCAAUCCAUGACCAGAAGAGAAGUUUUCCACAUGCCAACAGACAUCAGCACGCGGACCAACAUCUCCCACACCAUGCUCAACGACCCUUUCUACUCAGAGGGGAUGAUGAUGACCACGCAGCACACGGAGACCAGCGGCAUGGUGACACGCCAAAUCACCAAGGAAGUGGUUCAGAGGGAGGUGCUCGGAGGAACCACCGUCACGAAGAAGAUGUUUUACGAGUCAUAAGAUGCAGUAAUUCCAUCACCCGAACAAACGUCCACGGUGUCGUGAUGAAGAGAUUCUCUCUCUCUCACACACACUCACACACACACACACACAGUCAGUGUUUAUUAUUUUUAUACGCGUGGGCGUGUGUGAGAGUCCGCCACUGAAACAAAAAUACAUCAUGCGACACUGUAAAUAAGACGAGAGGAGGUUGUUUUUCCCACGUCUGUUACAAACUGGCGUCCACAGACGUGACAUCAAGUUUUUCUCUUUCCCGUUUUUUUUAAUUUUGCGUUAGACUUCAGUCCCUCUGUUGGUUUAGAUCUGGUAACACACACACACACACACACACACUGGGGCUUUGAAUCGGCCAGCACAGGUCAGUAGUCUGACUGUGGCUCAAUAAUCCAAAGUGACCUUUCUCUCGUGCUUUGUCUGAGUGAUGCGUUUUGAUUAUUUCGGGUUAAACUCAACCCAAAUUUCAGGCCGUGUUCUGUCAGAGAGACUUUCUGCCGUCGCUUUGUUUUAGUUUUCUAAAGCGAGUUAAACGCUGUUUUCAUCCACACGGUCCCGUCCUGAGCAACACAGAGCAGUGAGGUGACGUAUUUGUUCAUAUUUGUUUAUAUUAAGUGUGAUUAAGCUUUCUCCAAGUGUAUUUAAUUCUCUUUUUUAUAUAUAAAAUUUAAACCAAAUAUAGAGAUAUAUUCCUGCAAACACACUUUUGUUGGGGGGGGCUCGACUAUGAUCUGAAAGCUCUAAAAUGGAAGAUGGUUUGUACUCAACACCGCUUCAAGCUGAUGUGUCCUUUUUGCGCUGCAUGGCCUUCGUAUUUUACAUUUCUGGGUAGAUUUAACACUUCAACAAGAUCUCAAUGUUUUACAGGAAUGGUGUGUGGACAGACAGAAAGAUUGUGUUUGUAUUAAAUGCAUGACCUACUGUGUUCUGGGCUUAUAGUUUGUGUUGAAAAUGCUUUUUGUAAGUGAAACGUGUCGAGAGGAUUUUCUUUUUUUCAAGGAAAUAAAGUUACAGAUGGAUCAACUUUUUCACCAAAACCAGAAAAUAUUUUCAAACUUAAAAGCACCAGUGUGUUGGAUCUAGUGGCAUCUAGGGCUCAAUGUAAGGAGAUCAAAACACAAAGGAUCAAUUUCUGUAAUAGAUGCCUCUAAAUUCAACUCACUGGAUCACUUACUGGUUUGUCUUUUAUGUUCUGUUGCACUUAAAAGACCUGAAAUUAAACCAUUUCUGUCAAAUACAAA